CCUUUACUUGAAAACAGCUGCUGGUGUUCAUUUCGCCAUGGCUAGUUGGCAAAUUCGCAAUUGGCUAUCAAAUAAUCUAAGACGCGUGGCAUCAUGUUCGGUGUCGACGCAAGCAGCGCUCCCGAAAAACACUUGUGCCGCGUUUUCUCUUAUCCGCUCCCAACCUUCGCAAUACAUCGUCGCAUCUCUCGCAGGACGUAAAUAUCUCCUCGCACCCAGGGACUUACUCACAGUCCCACAUCUUAAAGACGUACGCGUUGGUGAUGUGUUGGCAUUGCAGGACAUACAUGAGGUUGGCUCACGGGAUUACACCCUUCGCGGUGAUCCCGUAAUAUCCCCAAGUCGAGUUAAGGUUGAGGCUACCGUUGUUGAGCAUACCAAGGGCAAAAUGGAGGUGGUCUUCAAGAAGAAGCGUAGAAAGGGUUACCAGAAGACGAUCAAGAACAAGCAUCCAUACACUCGUCUGCGUAUAGGCUCCAUUGAGUUCCCCGAGCCUUCGAAUCUAUAGCAUUAGUCCGAGCAGUAUCAUAAUAUUUUGUCUUCUAAUCUGAAUGAUCACACAAGAAAACUGAA